AUGUCGAAGUAUGCGAAGUUCUUGAAGGACAUCAUCUCGAAUAAGCAGAAGCUUGAGGAUAUUAACUGUGUGGUGAUGAAAGAAAGUUGCUCUGCAAUCCUUCAAAAUCGUCUGCCCACGAAAAUGGGAGAUCCUUGCAGUUUCACGCUUCCUUGUUUGAAAGGAAAUAUGUCUGUUAGCCAUGCAUUGGCUGAUUUGGGAGCGAGUAUCAACCUUAUGCCCUAUAAGGUUUUUACAAAGUUGGAUCUAGGUGAGCCAUCGCCUACACGAAUGAGCAUUCGACUAGCUGAUCAUUCCAUCAAAUAUCCACGUGGAUUUGUUGAGAAUAUGCUUGUUAAGAUCGACAAGUUUGUGUUUCCAGUGGAUUUUGUUAUCCUGGAUAUGGAUGAGGACUCUAGGGUGCCUUUGAUUCUCGGACGUCCAUUCUUGAAUACCGCCCGGACCAUUGUAGAUGUAGCUGCGGGCCAGAUUACACUCCAAGUGAAUGAUGAGCAUGUGACCUUUGACAUCAAACGGUCAAUGCAGCACCCGCAGAGUCAGGAUGAUGCACUCUACUAUGUUGACAUUGUUGACACGUAUAUUGAUCGUGAGGAUGCAGAAAAGUCAAAGCCUUCGGUUGAAGAUCCACCGUCUUCGAAGCUUAAGGAGCUUUCGCCCCAUUUGGAGUACGCAUUUCUAGACGAGGAGCGCCGUCUGCCGGUUAUUAUCUCAUCAUCUUUGACGGACGAGGAACAGAGCAGACUGCUUAGUGUUUUGCGACUUCAUAAGAAAGCACUAGCGUGGAAGAUUAUGGAUAUCAAAGGCAUCAAUCCUUCUUUUUUUUACUCACAUGAUUCUGAUGGAAGAGGAGUACAAGCCCUGUGCACAGCCUCAGAGGCGGUUGUACCCAAAUAUGCAAGAAGUUGUCAAAAAGGAGGUGAUUAA